CCUAUGCGCUCGGGUUCGGUUCGGUUCGGUUCGGUUCUGGAGCCCACAGAAUGCUCGGUCGGCUCUUUCCGCCAUCUGAGCGGUUGUCAUGGUGACCGGCUUCCCGCCGCAGUGAGUCGGAGGGAUGGUGAGUCACCGCGACUCACCGGAACCAGCCGCGACCGACAACAGAACCAGAACCCCUAGACAGACCGAACCGCUGGCACCGACACCGGGACACGGGCGGCCGAGAUCCGCAGUGACGUCACAUCCAGCGUUCUGUCGCGGGGACAGAAAUCAGGACACUGUUGCUGAGCGCGAGGCCACAGCUGCGGCCAGCGGAACCGGUUCCGUCAGACCCGAAACCGCUGGACUCCCUUCAACCUUCAGAACCACUGGAACUGUUGAUGCUGAAGGCCAACAUGUUGCAGCAACCAGAACCAUCGGAGCAACUGAGACCGGAACCAGCGCAGUCCAGAACCCCCUGAGACUGGAAGACCUUCAGCAUCUCCACAGGCCAGCAGUGAACGGUGACUCUUCCUCCACCUGCAGGGCUACUUGUGGAGUACCACAGGGUAGAUUCCAGAUGGACGUCUGGCCUCCUGGUUGGACGGAUGAACAUCCACACUCUGACUGAUCAGCUCAACCUCAAACUGACCACUAAGAUGAACCAGCUGAUGGAGGCGGAGCUUGGCCAGGAGAUUGAAGGCAAGGUUCAGAGCUGGGCUCAGUCUCUGGUCUACACCGUGGAGGAACUGGAGUGUAAGAUCUGUUACAACCGAUACAACACUCGGAGCCGGAAACCAAAGCUGCUGGGCUGCCUGCACCGGGUCUGCGCCAAGUGUCUCAAGAAGAUGGUGGACAUAGGAGACUCUUCACCGACCGUCAUCAGCUGCCCGUUCUGCCGCCACGAGACCUACGUCCCUGACGAGGAGGUGUGGCUGAUGGAAGACGACCGGCACAUCAUGGCGGUUCUGUCCUGUCAGGACCGAGCCCAGCAGGAGGGAUCGACAGUUAAAGAUGGCGGCGGUUCAGAGGUGGUGUUGACUCCCACCUCUCUGAAAGCAGCCGGAGGGACGGACGCGUCCCUCCGGUCCUCCGACUGCCUGGUGAUCACCAUCAUGGAGCUGCCGGACGACUCCCCGUCCUCGGACUCGGUCAGCAUGAUCAAUGUGGUGGGUCUGUACCGGCCGCCCAGCCUGGACUCGCUGCCCUGCAGCUUCCCCUCGCAGAAGUGUCGCGCCUGGACGUCCCGCAGCUUCCCACGCUGCCUGCUGGGGGCGCUGUGUAUGGUGUACUUCAGCUCGCUGCCUCUGGGGAUCUACCUGCUGAUGAUGGGCCAGCUGCUGCUGGGCGUGGUUCUCGUCAGCCUGGUGCCGUCCACGCUGCUGCUGCUCGUUCUCUACGGAUUCUGCCAGUGCAUCUGUCAUGAGGUGAGGGAGGCGAUCGCCGCACGCAGGCUGCCAUGAUGACGAUGAAGGCCGCUGCCAUGGCAACAAGGACACCGGAGCGGCAAAGCCACAGAACCUCCAGACCUGAACUCUCAGCUGAUUCCUGAUUGGCGGCGGCCGUAAAGGCCCCUCCUCUUUUGAGCACCAGCAUCACUUUCUUGGCCACAAGAGAGACGGACCAGAAGUUUCAUCCUCACAGCCAGAGAGGGACGGGCUGGAAACUCCUGUUAGCAUGUUGCUAAUGACAUGCUGUGCAUCAAUCUGUGUGUAAAGAUGUAAUUCUGUUCAGCCCAUCAGCCACGAACCACCAGGAAUAUUCCCAGUUAACUAAAUAAUCCAAAACAUUGGAAACAUGCUAGCCUAGCCUUUGCUAGCCUAGCAUAUUGACUGGUGAAAAUGGAUGUUAGGCUAAUGUAGCUAAACACAAGAAAUGUUGGUAAAUGCUAUGGUUAGGACUGAGUUAGCAUAAGCACAGUAAAAAUAGGAAAGCAUUAGCAUAGUUUAGCACAAGAAUAGUGAACAGAGAGAAUGUGUUGUUGAAUUUAGCAAAAAGACUGAAAAGACAGAAAGGGUUAGCUUAGCAUAAAUACAGGAGAUUAAGGUAUUACCAUAGCUUAGCAUAAAAACUAAGAAUUAAGUGUUUUUCCAUCUUCACAAAGUGAUUGUCAUUGAAAGUGUUAUGCUAGCUCAGUAUCAAAACUGGAAGCAAAGUGAAAGUGCUAGCUUAGCUUAGCAAAAUGACGGGAAUGGAAAGUUCGUCUAGCUUAGCAUGAAAAGUGGAAAAUGUUAGCCAUGGACAAAGAUAAGAAACAAAGUUGAGUAAUUUCUGUUUUGUCUUAACAUAAUGCUAAAUUCAGUUUUGUUGUCUCUGACUCUGCUACCGUUUCAAGGGUUUGCUAAGCUAAGCUAACUGUAUGGAAGAAGGAACCUCAGCAGUUAAUCGGUUUAAUUUUCUGUCAAAGUGCCAAUGUUGACUUGAUCACUUAUAAAUGGUGUGUUAAUCAUGUGGCGACUUGGAGCUAGUGUCACUUCCUGUCCGUGUCACUUCCUGUCCGUGUCGCAUGCAGACUGCCGACUUUUGUAGAAACUAAUUGUCACCUAUUAAACACAGAUUAAACAAA